UUUCAGAAUUCACAAUGGCGGACGGAUCGAAAGAAGUCCACUAUUUGGUACUCAAAGUGAUGCGGCUGUCGAAGCCAACCCUCGUCAUCGGCCAGCCCAUCGUGAGCGAGCCGUCCGACUUUGCCGGCUCGGUGCUGCAGGAAGUCCAGACGGCCGAUGUCAGCACGGCUGGCCAGCCCGAGCUCUUCUCGCUCAGCUCCUUCCUCAUGCUGCCGCAGAACUUCGGAAACAUUUUCUUGGGAGAGACGUUUUCAAGCUACAUUAGUGUGCACAACGACAGCAACAUGCGUAUUCGCGACGUUGCCGUCAAGGCCGAGCUGCAAACCACCUCGCAGCGCGUUCCGCUGUCGGAUUUGGCGCCAUCCGACAAAGAGUUGUCACCUGGCGCCAGCGUGGAUGUUGUCGUUCAUCACGAAGUGAAGGAGCUCGGUGUGCACAUUCUUGUUUGCUCUGUCAGCUACAUGACUGCUGAUGACGAACGAAAGAUCUUUCGCAAGUUCUUCAAGUUCAACGUUCUCCAUCCGUUGGCGGUCAAGACCAAGGUGUACAACGUCGAGGACGACAUAUUCUUGGAGGCACAGGUGCAGAACAUUACACCUGCACCAAUGUACAUUGAGGCAGUCAAGUUUGAGGCAAUGCCGCAGUUUGACUUUCAAGACCUGAAUGUGCUGUCUUCGGCCGCUUCGGCGUCUUCGUCCUCGACCAAUCAGGCCGGCUUAAAAGCGAGCCCGGCCACAACGUUUGGGCUUGCCUAUCACGUCAAUCCACAAGACAUCCGGCAAUAUCUGUAUCGGUUGUCACCCAAAGUCAAAGGCGACAAGACCGCUCGGGCUGCUGACAAGAUUGGCAAGAUGGAUAUUCUCUGGAAGACAAACAUGGGUGAAGUGGGCCGGCUGCAAACGAGCCAACUUCCUCGCAAAUUGCCUGCUCUGACGGAAUUGGCCGUCACAGUUGUAGAGGUUCCAGACAAUGUCGUGCUCGAAGUCCCAUUCACCGUGCAAUGCCGGAUUACAAAUUACAGCGAGCAUAAAAUGUCUUUACGACUGUUUGCUGUUAAAAGCCGUAUGACUGGCGUGCUGGCCGCCGGCGUUUCAGGGCAGUCACUUGGCGAGCUUUUCCCUGAAGCGAGCAAAAUCAUUCCGCUCGAGUUUUUCCCGGCUGUACCUGGCUUGCAACGCGUCAGCGGCCUUCGAUUGAUGGAUGUCAUUACCGGCAAGAGCUUUGAAAUCGACAGCUUCAUGGACGUGCUUGUGCACAGCCGAGAGUACGUUCCACCUCCAGCGCGAGAGCCAGCUAGCCUUUCCCUUUCAAUUGAGGUGUCUGCAAGACAGUAGUGAUUGCGAAGUGUUUUGUCCUUUUUUUUUUUUUUCCCUGCCUUUGGUUGAUUUUCUAUUGUCAAAGAUUCCAUUAUUGG